AGCUGGCCGAACAUAUGUAAUAAAACUAGUUUUGUAGAAAACAGUCACCGUUCUGUGCUAAAACAUGUUGGACACUUUACUUGUGGUAUUUCUCGGGAUUGCUUCCAUUGUUUUGCUCCACAGUGUGUUCAGGAGAAGAAGAAGAGAUGGAGAGCCUCCACUGAUACAGGGAUGGAUUCCAUUUCUGGGAAAAGCUCUGGACUUCAGGAAGGAUUCCUUUAAGUUUCUACAAGAACUACAGAAGAGGCAUGGUGACGUCUUCACUGUGUUAAUUGCAGGUAAAUACAUGACAUUUGUGAUGGAUCCUCUCCUCUACCCAGCGGUUAUUAAGCACGGCAAGCAGCUGGACUUCCACGAGUUUUCGGACGCGGCGGCAUCCAGAACGUUCGGCUACCCCCUAGUCCGAGCCGAAAGGUUCCCUGGCCUGAGCGACAAAAUCCAGAAAUCGUUUAUUUUACUUCAUGGCUCUAGUCUCAACCCUCUCACACUGAAAAUGGUGAAAAACAUCCAGCUCGUCUUACGCCGAAACUUUCUGUCCGGCCGUGAUGCAGAACGAGCGCGUGACUGGCAGGAAGAAGAGCUGUACGAAUUUUGUGAGCGUGUGAUGUUUGAGGCGACGUUUUUGACACUGUAUGGACAUCCUCAAGCUCAAACCGACCGACAGUCUGAGCGCUGGAUAGAUGAACUGCGUAAAGACUUUAGACAGUUUGACAGUGUGUUUCCUCUGCUGAUUGCUCGCGUACCUAUUGGUCUGUUGGGAAAGACCAAAUAUGUUCGGGAAAAACUGAUUAGGUUCUUCCAUCCACAAAGAAUGGCCGAAUGGAUCAGUCCAUCGGAGAUCAUACAGACACGGACUGAAAUUUUUCAACAGUACGACACGCUUCAAGACCUGGACAAAGCAGCACAUCAUUUUGGCAUCUUGUGGGCAUCAGUGGGCAACACUAUCCCAGCAUGUUUCUGGUGUAUAUACCACCUUCUUUCCAACCCUCAAGCCUUUACAGCAGUGUGGAAUGAGAUAAUCGAUGUGAUUGGAGAAAAAUGGGAGGAAUCAACCGUUUGUCAUGACGUCACACUUACAAGAGAGCAACUUGAGAAAAUGGUUUACCUUGAGAGUGCUGUUAACGAGAGUCUCCGUCUUGCUUCCGUCUCAAUGAAUAUCCGGGUAGUUAAGGAGGAUUUAAGACUGCCACUAAAUCCACAAUGCUCAGUGAGUCUGCGUAAAGGAGACAUUAUCACUAUGUACCCACAAAGCACUCACCUGGACCCGGACAUCUACCCGAACCCCCAGCAAUACCAGUUUAACCGUUUUGUGAAAGACGGCAAGGUGAAAACAGACUUCUAUAAAGGUGAUCAGAAGGUUCGAUACUACCACAUGCCUUUCGGCUCAGGGGCCAGCAUGUGUCCUGGACGUUUUUUUGCUAUCAACGAGCUGAAGCAGUUUGUUUGUAUGACACUGCUGACCUGUGAUAUGCAACUCAUUGACAUUCACCAGCAGGCAACGCUGGACAACAGCCGAGCAGGCCUGGGCAUACUUCCACCUGCCAACCACAUUUCUUUCAGAUACAGACUCAAACAACGUGGCAUGCAGACAGAGGAGCUAUAAAAGUCAACAUUUGAGGAAGUGAGCUAAUGAGUAAGCGAUGUCUGAAGGCAGCAGAAAGAAGUUGGCUAACGCAUGUUGUCUUUUUGAUGGCAUGGUUAUGGACACGGAUCCUAAAUAAAAUUAAUCUUGGGUUAA